UAGGCUCUGCAGUGCUCGCAGGACAGUGCACGAACGGAGCAAAGUUGUGGGCGCCAGCCGCCGAAGUGAUUCGAUCAGCACAUUUGGCGUGAGAUCUGCUCAUAUCGUGAUCUGGAUCUCGGCCGCUGUCCGUCUGGGAUGCUCCUCCGAGUCGCACAUCGAGACUUGACUUCGUGCCACCACCUCCGCCUCCGCUGUUUGCAUGGCACAUCCUCCACCUCCGCCGCGCCAUACCCUCACCGGAAAGUCUCUCACCCUUGUAUUCUAGGCAGAGUUCACAGCACUGGGCGUUACGAUGAUGUCAGAUGCGUGGGCACAAUCGCUCGUCCGCGAGCUUCUAUUCCGGCUGCGCGAUGAUAGACUCGCGUUUCAAAACGCAGUCUCGCCACAAGCGGAUGCCAUACGGGUUGCCCUUGGUUCACUGGAAAGCGCGAGCUGGGAUGAACAUACGUCAAGCCAACUGGAUGUGGUCAUCCAUUGGGCGUACGAAGAGAUGCGGGCAUCGCCUCGCGCAGACGCUCUUGUCUUGCGGAUGCUCUAUACGGAUGCGUGCAUUCUACGCUCUCUAGGCGAUGUCCUACAGCUGGGCUCGACGCAAAACCAAGUCCUAACUAUGUCGUGUGUCUCCAGGCUAGACCAUGCUAUUGUAAUUGCUGGCGCUCCAGGUGAAAGAAGGCUGGACAUCAUCCUCGACCUGAUACUCGAGGUACAGCAACGCGCGUUAGGAUUCGUCGCAUCGUCAUGCGACCUGGAGCAUCAUCUGGACGAAGUCAGAGUCCUUUCGACCACAGCGUCCAGGGCUCUGGCAUCGGCACCUCAUCAGGUCCCUCGACUGGACAGUCCACCAUCUAUGCUGGCUUUCGUACGUCAAUACUCCCAACGACCUUUUGUGAUACCGCGCUAUAUCACCGAUUGGCCUGCUCUGAAUGAGCACCCGUGGAGCUCACUUGACUACUUGCAAUCGAUGGCUGGCCCAGGGAGAGUCGUCCCGGUGGAAAUAGGUGACGACUAUCGCGAUGACGACUGGACGCAGAAGAUGUUGCUGUGGGACGACUUCCUCGACGCUCUCGACCCUCGCAAGCAAUCCACACGGGAGAAACGGAAACUGUACCUCGCUCAGCACAAUCUAUUUCUGCAGUUUCCCAAGUUGCGCAACGACAUCAUAAUUCCAGACUACGCAUACGCUUCUCUACCGGCACCGAAGGCGUUCUCUGGCUAUGUUCCGCCCGCCAAUGAGGAACAGCUUGUUCUCAACGUAUGGUUAGGACCUAGUGACAUGACAUCGCCCGCACACACUGAUCCAUUCUUCAAUCUUUAUGCCCAAGUCGUGGGUCAGAAGACGGUCUGGCUAGCGCCUCCACAAGCGACUCCGGCCAUGUAUCCUUAUCCUCCUCCGAGCGGUAACGCGAGCGAUCGUACUCACAAUCCCGCGGCAAACACCACUAAUCCCUGUAUGAGCAAUACGUCGAGGGUCGAUGUUUUCGCGCCACGUGGAAGCCAGGAUGAGAUGCCGUUGUUUUGGGAGGAAGCAGUUCCGCACGCGAUGAGCGUGACACUAGAACCGGGUGAUUUGCUGUUCUUCCCGCCGGGCUGGUGGCAUGCAAUGCGCAGCGAAAACACUAGCUUCUCGGUGUCUAUGUGGUUCUAG